ACUUCAUAGAAAAUCGAAACUUCAUAUUCGAAGUCCAAUGAUGCCACCGUGUUUAAUUAGGUUUUCUUUCCCAUUUCUUUUGCUCACACUCACUGGUUGCAUGAACCAAAUCCUCCUCGACUGCUCAAAAAACCGUGCAACGGAUUUAGCCCCGGCCCGGGCGCUAGCUGUUUAAGAAACAGAGGACUCCUCGGCUUCCCUGCAAUGACAUUAACUAGUGUACCGUGUACAUGAACGUUUCCAUGCAAUUGCAACCUUACUCCAUCGUCUACCCGUCUCUAUAUAAAUACUACUGAAUCCUAGCAAUUUCAUAACCAAAACCAAGCUCUCACACUAGGGCAAAACGUACAGAGAGAAAGAGAUACUAUACAAGUCUAUAACUAAGGUUUUGGAAAGAUGCGAAGGAGUAGUGGUAAUUGCUUCUCAAGGCCUGCUAUGGCUACUCCCAAGGUGGAAAAUGUGGUGAAGCUGCAGGAACAAGAGCGCAAAUCUGCUUUUGCCGUGGGUAGUAGUACCAAGCAAGAAGCUGCCGUGGCCGCUGCUGCAGGUGGUCCGGCGACGGCCACAACCCCUGUUGUGAACAUCAAGCAAGAGACCAGGAAUGUGGCAGCUGCUCCGGUGUACCAACGUUGCAUCGGCGGUUGAUGUCACUGCAAAGGCAGAGAAUCAGGGAGGGGAUGUGGUUGUUAAUAAUUAGUAAUAAAUGAAAUGGGGGGAAUGCUGCUUGCUUUUAGUUGUUUUUAUUUGGCUAUAUCUUUGGUUUGGUGCUUAAUUUUACGAAGACAAUGAAUAAUAUCAAAUAUGGUUUGAACUUGUAACGUUGCAUCGGUGGUCGGUGAUAAUUGUCGAAAACAUAUUUAUUGUGGGUGCAUAAUGUGAUUAUUACAUGACGUGUGUUUUAGGGCCAACAAACUUUAGAAUGGUUAUAAAGCCAUUACCACCUUGUGUUAGAAUUAUGAUAUAUUUUAGGUGGAGAAACAAUAAACGAUUGAUGCGCAAGCAAAAUACCACAUGACUGGCCACCAAUAUAAUGAUUUCUAGUUAAUUAGGUUAUUAGCGACAGUGAGACCCUAAUAACUGAAUCUAUUUCAUGUGACAUAGUAACUUAUCGAAGCGACUCGGGCUCCAGUCCUUCGAUUCAAGCGAGCUCUUAUAGAACGAUCCUGGUCUGCCAUGAUGACAGGCUCGAUGUCGCGCGGUGGUGGUAUAUGGAUGACAGGUAAUGAAGCCUGCCUUCUCUGUUGAUGAUUAUGGGUUAGGGAAGGCCUAGGAGUUGUGGUUGGCUUCUUCCCUAACUUGACAUGCUUCCUGUUCUGUCGGCAAGUCUUCUCUAUCUCCGGAUCUAGUGGCAGUAAAUCGUCUGUCGUCCUCCUAGGCAUGCACAAAAAGGAUAAACCUGAAAAUUCACCUGCACACUAGCACACGAAUUAAAACAGUUCACUCAAAUCAUUUUCACUUAUAGUUUGCUCCAUAGAAUUGAUAGAAUGUAAGGGUGUAAUGUGAAUUAAUUUGGAUAUGAUAGGUAGUGAGUCCCGGUGUUUCUCCCAGAGCUUUCUCCCAUUGAUUUCAGUCGAAAUAGGUUUGCACGGGCAGAGGCAAGCCAAAAAUAUACAAGAUGAAAAUGAGAAGAAAAGAAGAGAAAAAUAUGUACAUUACCCUUUUAGGUUUUGUGACGAAUAUAUCAGAGGUAGAGUCAGGCUCAAACCCUCCAUUUGAAAGGGAAAUUUGGUCUUUGUAUUGUUUGUACCCAGUGGUCAAAAAGUUUGGAAAAACACUUAGGGGUCGUCUGGAUAGUUCAUCAUGCACAAAAAUUAUUAUCAGAACCUCUCUUAUUCAUCAAUUAACUCACAUGCAGUCAGUUUUUCCAGUGACCUAGAAAGGUUGAGCGUUGGAGAAAGCUGAAACAAGUGGAUUGUCACCCGUCUUCUGCAAAUUUCUCAACCCUGUUUAUGUCGAGCUUCUGUCUUUCUGGGUUCGACUUUUGUACAACAGCGAUUCACACGAAGAGGAGGAAUAUGUAUUGAUAACGUGAAUCAGGCGCUCCACUUCAGAAGCCCAAAACUCAGCUCAACAGCGUUGGAGAAACCCCUUUCCUCAUCUCUGCUGGCGAUGAGUCAUCUCUUUAAGGCGGCGGCGCGCUUCGAGACUCGCCCGUCAACAAAAAGAUGUCGGAGACUCACCAUCGAAGCUUAGAUCGUGAGCAAAAAGGGAAGAGAAGACUGUCGAUUUUGUGAAUCGCCAUUGUUGCUCGUCUGCAGAGAUACGGGAAAUAGAAAAAGAGAAGACGAUUCUUAAAAAAAAAAAAAGAGAAGAUGAAGGGUGUCAUUGAAGACUGAAGAGAAAGAAAUUUGUGAUGUGUAGUUGAAGAAUCAGUAAAUGGAUUUUUGGAAU